AUGCUUCCUGCAGCCCCCGGACCCGGCAUUGAACCCUCCCCGCCCCCGCCGGGGAAAGCUCCGGGCUCGUCCGCCCAAGCCGCCAUGGCCUCGAUCCAGAAUGACGACGAGCGUCUGCUUGCCCGCAUCGGCUACAACCAGGAACUGAGACGCGAGUUCAACAAAUGGUCCACCGUUUCCUAUGCAAUCUCCAUCCUCGGCGUCCUGGGCUCCGUCCCGGCAACCUUUGGCAGCCCCAUCGCUGCCGGCGGCCCCGCCACCGCCGUGUGGGCCUGGUUUGUCGGCAGUGUCAUGGCCAUGUGCAUAGCCAGCUCUGUGGCCGAGCUGGUAUCCGCCUAUCCCACCGCUGGCGGAAUGUACUUCGUCACCAAGCACGUCGUCCCCCCCGAGCAUGUGGCCAUCUGGGCAUGGGUCAUUGGCUGGUGCAACUUCCUCGGCCAAGCCGCUGGUGUGGCCAGUCUUGCCUACACCAUCUCGCAGAUGAUCUUUGCCGCCGCAGUCAUGAACUCCACUGCCGAGGACGGUUCCCCGGCCUUCACGCCGUCGGCUCUGCAGACCGUUCUUCUUGCGAUACUAAUCCUCUGCCUGUUCGGCACCAUCUGCUCACUCACCACCAGAGCGUUGCAUAAGAUCAUCUUGUGGUUCGCCCCGAUCAACAUAUUGGCCUCUAUCAGCAUCUGCGUCGCGUUGCUUGUUCUCACGCCCAACAAGCGCAGCGCUGAAUGGGUGUUUACCGAAGUCACGGACGGCUCCGGCUGGGGAAGCAAGGGCUUCUCAUUUCUGCUAGGAUUCCUCUCCGUGGCCUGGACAAUGACUGAUUAUGACGGAACGACGCACAUGUCUGAGGAGACGCACGAUGCUGCUAUUCGCGGGCCUGUUGCCAUCCGAUCGGCCAUUCUUGUUUCUGGACUCGUCGGUUGGAUGCUCACUGUUACAUUCUGUUUCUGUCUGACAGACUAUGACGGCAUUGUCAAUUCGCCAACCGGACUCCCCGUGGCCCAGAUAUUCCUCAAUGCUGGUGGCAAGACCGGAGGAACAAUCAUGUGGUUCUUUGUCAUCCUGGUCCAGUUCUUCACCGGGUGCUCGGCCAUGCUGGCCAACGCUCGCAUGUGCUACGCAUUUGCCCGAGAUGAUGCUCUGCCGUUUUCAAGCUUCUGGAGCAAAAUAAACAAGUACACCGGCACUCCGGUCAACGCCGUAUGGCUUGUCGUGGUCUUCUGCACCUGUCUCGACCUCAUCGGCAUUGGAAGCACGCUCACAAUUGUUGCCAUCUUCAACGUAUGCGCGCCAGCUCUGGACCUGAGCUACGUGGCCGUCAUCGUCGCGCACCGCGUGUACGAGAAGCGGGUGCGGUUCAUCCCAGGUCCAUACACGAUGGGCAUCUGGAGCAAGCCGAUCAACCUCAUUGCCUGCUCGUGGGUUGUGUUCAUCAGCGUCAUCCUGUUCUUCCCGACCACGAAGCCGGUUACGGCCACCAACAUGAAUUAUGCCAUCUGCGUGGCUGGGUUUGUGGGACUCUUCAGUCUGAGUUGGUGGUGGAUUGGGGCGAGAAACAAAUACACAGGGCCCCGUACGAAGGAUAUCAUCGACAUGCUUCCGACCGACGACCCGGACGACGCGCCCUUUCCGUAG